AUGGAAUCCACCAAGAUUUUCUAUUCAACUAUUGGCGAACUAAAGAAGCUAAUUGCAGAAGGAAAGAUAAAGUAUAUUGGACUAUCGGAGGCAUCUGCAUCCACCAUCAGAAGGGCUCAUUCUGUCCAUCCUGUCACUGCAGUUCAGCUAGAGUGGUCACUAUGGUCUAGAGAUGUGGAAGAAGAUAUAAUACCAACUUGCAGAGAGCUCGGAAUCGGAAUUGUGGCUUAUAGCCCACUUGGAAGGGGAUUCUUCACUAGAGGAGCAAAACUGGUUGAUUCGCUAUCAGAUCAAGACUCUCGCAAGCAUAUGCCUAGGUUCCAAUAUAAAAAUCUUGAGAAGAAUACCCAGAUAUUUGAGAAUGUAAAUGCAAUGGCAUUGAGAAAAGGAUGCACACCAUCGCAGCUUGCGUUGGCCUGGGUUCAUCACAAAGGAAGUGAUGUUUGCCCCAUACCCGGAACAACGAAACUUGAGAAUUUUGAGAAGAAUAUCGGAGCCCUGUCUUUGAAGCUCACACUAGAGGAAAUCGCUGAACUAGAGUCUUACGCCAAUGUUGGUAAUGUACAGGGUGACCGAUAUGCUCAAAUGGAGAAUACAUGGAAGGAUUCAAAUACCCCUCCAUUGUCAUCUUGGAAGGCUGAGUAGCUAGUCCCAUAUAUUUCCCAUGUAGGAGACCUGGCUCGAAACAGUAUG